AUGAAUAUGCUCAUUGUCGGUAGAGUUGUUGCUAGUGUUGGGGGAAGCGGACUUCAAACGCUUUGCUUUGUUAUUGGUUGUACGAUGGUUGGUGAAAGGUCACGUCCAUUGGUGAUUUCCAUCCUAAGUUGUGCAUUUGCUGUAGCUGCUAUCGUUGGUCCUAUAAUCGGAGGUGCCUUUACAACCCAUGUUACCUGGAGGUGGUGCUUCUAUAUCAAUCUUCCUAUCGGUGGUCUUGCCAUUAUUAUGUUUUUACUCACAUAUAAGGCCGAGAAUAAGGGUAUACUUCAACAAAUUAAAGAUGCUAUAGGAACAAUCUCGAGCUUUACUUUUAGUAAGUUCAGACACCAAGUUAAUUUUAAAAGACUUAUGAAUGGCAUAAUCUUCAAGUUUGACUUCUUUGGUUUUGCCCUCUGCUCUGCAGGGCUGGUCCUUUUCCUACUGGGGCUAACCUUUGGUGGUAAUAAAUAUAGUUGGAACUCUGGCCAAGUCAUCGCAUAUUUGGUUUUGGGUGUCUUACUUUUUAUUUUUUCAUUGGUGUACGAUUUCUUCUUAUUCGAUAAAUUCAACCCGGAACCUGAUAAUAUAUCCUACAGGCCUCUCCUUCUAAGAAGAUUGGUAGCAAAACCAGCCAUAAUAAUAAUAAACAUGGUAACAUUUCUAUUAUGUACCGGUUACAAUGGGCAAAUGAUAUACUCUGUCCAGUUUUUCCAACUUAUAUUUGCGUCGAGUGCAUGGAAAGCCGGUCUUCACUUGAUACCAAUCGUUAUUACCAACGUUAUUGCGGCCAUUGCAAGUGGUGUGAUUACCAAAAAGCUCGGUUUAGUUAAACCACUCUUAAUAUUUGGAGGCGUUCUUGGGGUAAUUGGAGCAGGGCUUAUGACACUUAUGACAAAUACGUCCACGAAGUCAACUCAAAUUGGUGUUUUGCUAUUACCGGGGUUUUCCCUUGGAUUUGCUCUACAAGCAUCGCUCAUGAGUGCACAGCUUCAAAUUACCAAAGAUCGUCCAGAAGCUGCUAUGGACUUUAUUGAAGUAACAGCUUUCAAUACAUUCAUGAAGUCAUUAGGUACAACUCUUGGUGGUGUGCUUUCAACCACUGUUUUUUCCGCCUCCUUUCACAACAAAGUAUCACGAGCUCAUCUAGAGCCUUACGAAGGAAAAACGGUUGAUGACAUGAUUUUGUAUCGUCUUCAAAACUACGACGGUUCUCAUUCGACUAUUGGAAACAUUUUAAGCGACUCCAUUAAGAACGUAUUUUGGAUGGAUCUAGGGUUUUAUGCCUUAGGAUUUUUGUUUUGUAGUUUUUCAUCCAAUAAGAAAUUAAUCAUACCAAAAAAGGACGAGACACCAGAAGAUAAUUUAGAAGACAAGUAG